AACUGGAUUCGCAUGAACACAACCUGAGCAAUUUCUGAAACUGAAUUUUAAAACUGGCAGCUCUUUUACCACCCCUUUGUGUUUUUGCAAAGUCCCUCCCUGUACCAACUUCCUUACUGUUCUUAUUUCCUGUUGUAGGUUUUCUUUUCUUUUUUUUCCUUAUUCUUUUCAGGGAAGGGGAAUCAAUACGCCUUCUCUAGGAGGAGAUGGUGGUCUCAUCUUAAGCCGUGUUAGAAGAUCUAUUUUGACCCAAAAAAGGUGUCUAGGCUGGGUUAAUUCCAGCCUGGGUCAAGGAAUUGAUCACAAGAUGUUUUUUCGCUUUGUGUGCUAUCUUGUGGUUGUGUUGCUGAUUUCUGGCUCAGAUGCGCAGAGCUGUCCAGAACUUCCCCCAGUGGACAACAGCAUAUUUAUUGCAAAGGAAGUAAAGGGACAAAUUCUGGGGACUUACAUUUGUCUUAAGGGCUACCAUCUGGUAGGAGAGAAAACCUUUUUUUGCAAUGCCUCGAAGGAGUGGAAUGCCCCCACUCCCAAGUGCCGCUUGGGCCACUGUCCUGACCCUGUGCUGGUGAAUGGUGAGUUCAGUUCCCCAGGCCCUGUGAAUGUGAAUGACAGAAUCACGUUUAUGUGCAAAGAGGACUACAUCCUCAAGGGCAGCAAUUGGAGCCAGUGCCUAGAGGACCACACCUGGGUGCCUCCCCUUCCCAUCUGCAAAAGCAGACACUGUGGCCAUCCUGGGGUUCCAGCUCAUGGCUAUUUUGAAGGAAGAGAUUUCAACUCAGGAUCUACCAUUACUUACUACUGUGAAGAGAGAUACCACUUAGUGGGCACACAAGACCAGCAGUGCAUUGAUGGGGAGUGGAGCAGUGCACUUCCGGACUGUGAAUUGAUCCAAGAAGUUCCCAAAGUGGCUCCCCAGACUGCGUGUGAGAAGGCACUUUUUGCCUUUCAGGAGAGGAAGGAUUUUUGCAAAACCAUAGAAAACUUUCGGAAAAGAUUAAAGAAAAAUGGCUUAACAAUGGAGGAACUAAAAUAUUCUCUGGAAAUAAAGAAAGCUGAGUUGCAGGCAAAAAUGUUGCCCAGACAUUGUAGCUGAGCCGACUGGGUAAUGGAAAUACACUUAUGAAUAAAUUUUCCUCUUGGUUUUGAAA